GUGUGUGUGUCUGUCUGUGAGGGUGCGUGAGAGUGUACUUCUCUGUGUGUAAAUGUGCGUGUGUGUGCGCCAGGGAGAGCCAGGCAGCACCUUUCCAACACACAUACAGCCAAGGCAGGCGGAAGGAGAGAGAGAGGCAAACAGAGAGGGGGGGUAUUCGGAAGGGCGUGGCUAGCCAACUGUCAGUCACUUGCGGUUACCACAGAAAAUGGGCGUGCUGAAAUACCGGGACAACCAAUGGAAAGCGACGCUGCUUGUGUCACCAUGGUGACGGGGCUGUACCCAGGGAGGUUGUGAUGGGUUGACAGGUGCGUGACAAUCGGAGCUCUCUGCAAGCAUGUACGCCAAAGGCAAGAGUAACAACGUGCCGUCGGACAGCCAAGCCAGAGAAAAGUUAGCUCUCUAUGUGUAUGAGUACCUGCUGCACGUAGGUGCACAGAAGUCAGCACAGACCUUCCUCUCAGAGAUCCGAUGGGAGAAGAACAUCACAUUAGGAGAGCCCCCAGGGUUCCUCCACUCUUGGUGGUGUGUGUUCUGGGACCUGUACUGUGCGGCCCCGGAGAGGAGAGAGACAUGUGAACACUCCAGUGAGGCCAAGGCCUUCCAUGACUACAGUGCAGCAGCAGCUCCCAGUCCCAUCCUUGGGAACCUUCCCCCAGGAGAGGGAAUGCCAGUGGGACCCGUACCUCCUGGAUUCUUCCAGUCGUUCAUGUCGCCUCGUUACCCUGGUGGGCCCAGACCCCUCAGAAUACCCAGUCAGGCAAUGGGGGUUCCUGGUAACCAGCCUAUGCUACCCAGUGGAAUGGACCCCACGAGACAGCAAGGGCAUCCAAAUAUGGGGGGGCACAUGCAGCGAAUGACUCCGCCCAGAGGGAUGGUCCCUCUUGGGCCACAGAACUACGGUGGAGGGAUGAGACCACCUCUCAAUGCACUGGUUGGCCCUGGGAUGCCUGGCAUGAACAUGGGCCCUGGUGGGGGUAGACCUUGGCCAAAUCCUCCAAACGCCAACUCGAUCCCCUACUCCUCUGCGUCUCCAGGGAGUUAUGUGGGUCCGCCAGGAGGAGGGGGGCCACCUGGUACUCCAAUAAUGCCCAGCCCAGCAGACUCAACUAACUCUGGUGACAACAUGUACACCCUGAUCAACACAGUCCCUCCUGGUGGAAACAGACCAAAUUUCCCAAUGGGUCCAGGUGCAGACGGUCCAAUGGGAGGGAUGGCAGGAAUGGAGCCACAUCACAUGAACGGGUCGCUAGGGUCUGGAGACAUGGACAGCCUCCCUAAGAACUCUCCUGGUAACCUGAGUCUGAGUAACCAGCCGGGGACCCCCAGAGAGGAUGGAGAGAUGGGUGGCAACUUCCUCAACCCCUUUCAGAACGAGAGCUAUUCUCCAAACAUGACCAUGAGUGUGUGAAGGCUCCACCAGCUGGUCAGUUAGUGGUGUGGAUUGGUGGAAAACACAGAGACAGGAUGUGAUGUCAUCUAAGCUCAGUGGCUCUUCCUCUCUGUGAUAUCCCUACCAGGACAGUGGACCCUGGCCUCUCUCUAUCUGUGUUUGGUCUCUUCUUUUCUUCUGUGUCCUCUCCAUUUUACAUUCGUGACCGUCUGCUUCGUUCAUCAACACCUACCAUCAGAGACUGUAUAAAGGAACCUAAAUAAAACAUCUCUGAAUAUUUAUAAAUGUAUGUCACUGCACACUCUCAGUUGUGCUAAGUCUGCUAACACAGACAUAUGUACCAUGAUCCACCAUCUUGUGGAAAAGAAACUGAAAACCCUCAAGUGUAAAGAAAUCCGAGAGGAAAGCUUUCUGGCCUGUCUCCCCACAUGCAGUCGUUAUAUGUUUUGAGAUUUGAUGGACAUUAUGGCAACCACCGUCUAUAAUUUGGAUUAAUUAUAUUGAGAUGGCAUUGGAUACACAACAACCUGAGAUAAAGCCUAUGUGGAACUGGGCGACAGCUUCAGUGAUUUGAGAUUUUGGUCCCACAGUGAACAUUCACCAAGAGCUCUUAUUUUAAUUUCACCUCCAUACACUUGGAUUUGAUGUGCUAUGUUGACUGCACAGAGAGAGGGAGAUAAAAUAGUGAAUUAGAUAUGAGACAUAAAUGCAGAUAUCAUUCUUAUAUCUAUGUCUUGACCACGAGCAUCAACACCUACAAAACAAAUAGAGAUUCACCAAUCUAACGAUUACACAUCUGACAUAGAGAGAAGAGAGAAUUAAAGUGGUUGGUUUUCUGGCUUGUCAAAAUGAUGCAAUGUCUGUUAUGAUUAUUCAAUUAAUGCAAAACUGUAGAUUUUUUUGGAACACCUGCCUUGAGGAGAUAGGGACAUGGAUAAAGCAAAACUUCCUUCAACUGAACAGAAGCAAAACCGAGGCCCUACUUGUUGGCACCCCCCACCAGGUCCUUCACUCACCAAUAACACACCUCACCACUGCAGGACAGAACAUCCCUCUCUCCCCCUCAGUUUCCAAUCUGGGUGUAAAGCUUGAUUCCUACCAGACCUUUGACAGCCAGAUCAAACAAUUGUGUAAAGCCAAGCAUCAUUCUAUCACCUCAAUAACAUUCAGUCUGACGCAGAAAAGCUUGUCCAUGCCAUUAUCUCCUCAAGGCUGGACUACUGCAACACACUCUUCAUCAGGAUCCCUGGCAGCGCUGCCAGGAUCCUGAUGAGAGUGCGGAAACACCAUCACCCCAUCCUGGCAUCUCUGCACUGGCUCCCCAUCUCAUUCCGGAUUGAAUUCAAAACCCUCCUGCUUAUUUCAAAGAACUGCUCUCCCUCCAUAACCCCACCCGCACCCUCAGGUCAAGCGAUAGCCUGCUCCUCCACGCCCCCAGGACCAAGCUCCGUUCCUUGGGGGAUCAGGCUUUCAGCUUGACCACCCCCCAGACUCUGGAAUGCCUCCAUGACCACCUGAAGGCACCACAGACUCUGGGCUCCUUUAAAACGGGCCUAAAGACCUUUCACUUUAGGAAGGCUUUCUGUUGAUAGCUGUGCUCCUUGGUGUCCUUGUCCCUUGUAGUGUUAGCUGUGUUCUUUGUGUCAGUUGCCCUGUCUAGUUGUGUCCAUUUGGUUUUAUAUUUUUUAUUUUAUGCACUUUUAGAUUACUCUGUAUAAUGAAAAGCGCUUUACAUAUAUAAACAAUUAUUUAGAUUGAAUGAAAAAGGAAGACAAAAACUGCAGCAAUGGUUGGCAAUGGUUGGAGAGGGUUUUGUGUAAAGGUCCAAUGCAGUCGUUUUCAUCUCAAUAUCAAAUCAUUUCUGGGUAACAAUUAAGUACCUUACUUUGAUUGUUUUCAAAUUAAAAUCAAUUUAAAAUCUAGUUUUUGACUGCACUGGGCCUUUAAAAACAUGCAGUUAAAUCAUUCUCUUAAUUUAUUAUUGUCAUCCGGACAAACUGUGAUCUUAAUGUAUUUUGGAGAGUUUGUGUGGAGGUGAAAUACAGUAGGUGUAUUUUGUAUUGUUUUAAACCUAAUCAUUAGUCCAUGUUAGAUUAUUACGAUAUUAUUUAGAAGUGGAUUUACUACUCCCUCCCAUACGUCUACCUGUAAAGCUCACAAAUCUAUCUCCUCUACGUUUUAUGUAUUUUAUCUUACAAAUGGACAGAAAGAGAGAAAGAAAGAGAGAGGGGAUGAUGAACUAGAGGACACCAGUACAGAGGCUUUUGUUUUCAUGUUAGUUCGAAGUCACAAAUGUAAAUACUGAAAGAUACAUUUGUAAAUUUGAACUUUCCAAAAAUGUUAUUCCAAAUGUUUGGUUAUGUUUGUUUCCAUUUGUGAUGUGUUCAUUUUCUUUCUUCUUUUUUCUUUUACCUUGUGUUAUGUUUUGUAAAUACAUAGAAAUAUAAGUACUACAUGGGUUUUGAAUAUGCUGGUAUAAAGCUUAUCUUCUCUCAUU